AUGCAGGCCAAGUACGGUGAGAAGAUGUCAGCAGAAGAGGCCGAAAAGUAUUGGAGAGAGAAGAUGAAGCCCUGGAUUGUCAUCCAGCGACAGAAAAAAGCGGAACCUGCAGAAGGGAAACGGUCGCGAGAUCGUGGCCGGAGCGGAAGCCGCCAAAAGAGCCGCGACCGUCGGAGCCGAGGUAAGCGAGAAUCGAGGUCCCGCCGCAGCCCCGAGGCAAAGUCUGCCGAAAAGCUGAGUCAGGCGGCCAAGGCUGCGGAAGAGUGGAAGGACGAUGGGGGUGAGAUCCGAGCCAGCGAAACGAGGCAGUACCCCGAAGAUCAGGAGUUCUACAGCUUCGAAGCACUGAAGACGAAGCUCUCCGAGAAGCCACUGCAAGAGGUGGAAGACCUUUGGCGAAGCCGGAUGAAGCCCCAGUGGGUCCUACACGAGCAGGAGCGUGCGGCGGCAGUAGCUUGGAAGGAUGAUGGUGGAGACAUCAAUGUCGCUGCGAACUUACGAUGGGAAUUGAAUGUGAACCACAAGCUACAGCUUGUUGCGAUUGCGGGCUGCAUCUCCACACGCUGA